CCAAGGGAUCUUUCAAAUGAGGUGAUAUGCGUUUUAGUGAAGAACAGCUAUCACUGUGAUGUACUACUCAUUCACCCUGUCAGCUCUAUCUAUCUCAUGUAUCGUUUCCGCGCGGUAUACCGUAUAUACUAAGCAUGUGUACAAGAUGACUGCCGUCUCGUCCUUGUCAGCUGCCACAUAUGCGCACAAGCUUAACAAUGCCAAUUCUUCAUUAAUACUUGAAUUACAAGCCUCAUCUAAGGAUUUGAAGCUGCUGAAGCGUGAAGUAUCUUACUAGAAGUACUCCAGUGGAGCAUGCCCUGACCUCUCUGCAAGCAUUCCAUGCAUCCGCCUAUCAUUCGGCGCCGGAGAUAAAUAAGUCGCCGGAUUCCACUCAUUUUGCGUGAUCAUCACAACCCUUUUAAAGAUGACUUCCGACCGACUCUUAAUGAACGUUGAGGUAAAUCCUUGAUCUAACAGAUGAAGGGGAUACAUAGCAAUAAUUAUCGCCAUGGCUCGCCCGACCAUGAAUAAAAUCGCAACAAUCAUCUGGGGAAGAGAGCCGAAGGAUCGAGCCCUACUCGCGAAGCUAGAUCUCACGCUGCUCCCAUACUUUUCCCUCAUCUGGUUUCUGUUCGGUGUAACGCGAGCCAGUUACUCGUCGGCAUAUAUCAGUGGCAUGCGCGAGGCCUUAAACUUCCA